AUCAUUUACACGAAAAAGACGCGCUAACAAUGACUGACAAGACUAAUCCACGUCCUAUUAGAAGAUUAAACGAAACGGUAGUUAAUCGGAUUGCUGCCGGAGAGAUAAUUAAUCGACCUGCAAAUGCGUUAAAGGAGCUGAUUGAAAAUUCUUUGGAUGCUGGUGCUUCAAACAUUCAAAUAACGGUUAAAGACGGGGGGCUUAAAUUACUACAAAUUCUUGACAACGGACAUGGGAUAAGGAAAGAAGAUAUGACUAUUGUUUGUGAACGUUUUACAACGAGCAAAUUAAAGAAUUUCGAAGAUUUGUCAAAUAUUAAUACGUACGGUUUUCGUGGUGAAGCUUUGGCGAGCAUAAGUCACGUGGCACACGUUACAAUUACCACCAAGACAGCCGAUUCUAACUGCGCUUAUAGGGCUUGUUAUUCGGAUGGUAAACUUGUUCCUGCGAAACCUGGUACAAAUGCGGAGCCAAAAGCAUGUGCUGGUAAUACCGGAACACAAAUUACGGCCGAAGAUCUUUUCUAUAAUGUUCCAACACGUAGAAAGGCCCUAAAGAGCCCAAGUGAUGAGUAUAAUAGAAUUUUGGAUGUGGUUAAUCGAUAUGCAAUUCAUAAUUCUGGUGUCAGCUUUACUUGCAAAAAGCAAGGCUCAAACCAAGCAGAAGUAAAUACUUUAUCAAUGUCUUCAGUACUAGACAAUAUCCGUCAAAUAUAUGGCAGUAUAGCUUCUGAAUUGUUGGGAUUGAGUAAAUCUUUUAAAAAGCUCGAGUUUAAGUUGAAUGGAUAUAUCUCCAACGCGAAUUAUAACCUUAAAAAAAUGAUUUUUCUCUUGUUUAUAAAUCACAGAGCUGUAGAAAAUUCUUCACUAAAAAAGGCUAUUGAAAGUAUAUACACGACAUAUUUGCCAAAGAAUACUCAUCCAUUUGCAUAUUUAAGUUUGGAAAUCAACCCACAGAAUGUUGACGUCAAUGUUCAUCCUACAAAACGCGAAGUUCGAUUCUUGAAUGAAGACGAAGUCAUUGCUGCAGUAGGAGAUGCUAUACAAGAAAGUCUCGCCGGUGCGAACAGUUCAAGGACAUUUUUAACACAGACUUUAUUACCGGGAGCUGAAUCUAUUGAAACGAAUACAAAUCUAGCAGAAAAUUCGAUUAAAAAAUCGGGUGUCAAGGUUUUAAAUUACAAGCUUGUUAGGACAGACAGUCGUGUACAAACACUUGAUGACUUUUGUAAUCCAGAUAAUACAUUUAAUAUGCAACCUAAGGACAAUCCAAAAAAAGGGAAUAAUAACUUUCCUAAUAGUUCAAAGAAUAUUGUUAAUAGUAAUGUGGGAUCAUCUAAUUUGAAACGUAAACGUGAGCGUUUCGAUGUUCGAUUAACUAGUAUUUUAACUUUACGUAAACGACUAAAGGAAAUUGAACACAAAGGGCUUACGGAAUUACUUGCAAAUCAUACAUUCGUCGGUUGUGUUGAUGAUUCUUUAACUCUUGCGUUAGUACAGCAUCAAACAAAACUUUAUAUGGUCAAUUACAAUGUUCUCAGUGAAGAAUUAUUUUAUCAAUUGGCACUCUACGGAUUUCAUAAUUUCGGGUUUAUUCAUUUGUCGAUACCUGCUCCAAUACGUGAAUUGACAAUUUUCGCUUUAGAAUCUUGUGAUCAUGAUAAAUCGGAAGAUUUGAAACCGAAUGAAGAAAUUUCCCAGAUAAUUAUUGAUCAAUUAAUCUCGCGGAAAGAAAUGUUGUUAGAGUAUUUUUCAAUGACUAUAACAGAGAAUGGUGAAUUAGCUACUUUACCUUUAAUGCUCAAAGGAUAUGCACCAAAUUUAGAUAAACUUCCAACAUUUUUAUUACGUUUAGGAACAGAGGUUGAUUGGGAAACUGAAACGGGAUGUUUUGAAACUCUCUCUCGCGAACUCGGAUUAUUUUAUGCCCCCGAACCACCAAACUUUUCGAACAUUUCAACAUCUAUUAGCAACAAUCAAGACGAUAAUUCGAUGGAUAUUUGUGAUACGUCUAAUGUAAACAAGGAUAAUUCCUUAUUAUUACCAAAAAGGAAAAGUUCUGAAAAAGAAACAAAUUUGAUUUUUACAGAACAACAAAAAAAAGCUGAAAUUGCAAGAUAUAAAUGGCAAAUUGAACAUUUAAUUUUCCCUACUUUAAAAAGUCAAUUUAUUGCUCCAAAAAGUAUUGCCGAAAACGGACACGUACUUCAAAUAGCUAAUUUACCAGACUUGUAUCGUAUAUUUGAACGUUGUUAGAUUAUACUCUUAAGACGUUUAUUUUGAUUAAUAAAAUUUUCUAUAACACACUA